UUUACUCACUCUUUUACAUCUCACUGGACACCAUCUCUGUGUCUUUCGUUUUUCUCUCUCUAAAAACACUAACUUUCUCUCUCUAAGAAGAAUAAAAAUGGCAGAGACAGCUCAAACGGUCCCGUUAAUGACCAGCAACAACGCGAACAAGAAAACAAUAGAAGAGACCUACCAGAAGAAGAGCCAACUGGAGCACAUCCUGCUCCGACCCGACACAUACAUAGGCUCGAUCGAGAAACACACGCAAACAUUGUGGGUCUACGAGGAUGAGAAAAUGGUGAACCGCAACGUCACCUACGUGCCAGGUCUGUACAAAAUUUUCGACGAAAUACUGGUGAAUGCGGCCGAUAACAAGCAGAGGGAUCCGACAAUGGACGCUUUGAAAGUGGUGAUAGAUGUGGAGAAUAAUAUGAUAAGUGUGUAUAACAAUGGAGACGGCGUGCCAGUGGAGAUACAUAAGGAAGAAGGGGUUUAUGUGCCGGAGCUGAUAUUUGGGCAUUUGUUGACGAGUAGUAAUUAUGAUGAUACUGUUAAGAAAACUACCGGUGGUAGAAAUGGGUACGGUGCUAAACUUACUAAUAUUUUUUCAACUGAGUUUGUCAUUGAAACUGCUGAUGGGAAAAGGCAGAAGAAGUAUAAGCAGGUAUUCUCGAACAACAUGGGGAAGAAGUCUGCUCCAAGCAUAACCAAGUGCAAGGAGGGUGAGAAUUGGACAAAGGUUUCUUUUAAGCCUGAUUUAGCAAAAUUUAACAUGGAUAUGCUUGAAGACGAUGUGGUUGCACUGAUGAAAAAGCGUGUGAUUGACAUUGCUGGCUGUCUUGGAAAGUCUGUGAAGGUUGAGCUUAAUGGGAAGCGGGUUCCUAUUAAAUCAUUUCAGGAUUAUGUUAAAUUGUACCUUGAUUCUGUCGCAGAACCUGCCUCAGAUAGUCAUAAAAGCUUCUACCAAAAGGUAGGUGAGAGGUGGGAGAUAUGCGUGAGUACUACUGAGGGACAGUUCCAACAGGUCAGCUUUGUGAACUCGAUUGCAACAAUCAAGGGUGGAACUCAUGUUGAUUAUGUAACUAGUCAGAUCAGUAACUAUCUGGUCGGAGUUGUUAAUAAAAAGAACAAGAAUGCCAACAUCAAAGCACACCAUGUGAAGAACUAUCUAUGGGUUUUUGUCAAUGCUCUCAUUGAUAACCCUGCUUUUGAUUCUCAAACCAAGGAAACUCUGACUCUUCGCCAGAGCAAUUUUGGCUCUAAAUGUGAACUUCCUGAAGACUUUCUGAAGAAAGUAGCAAAGUCUGAUAUCUUGGAAAAUCUACUCUCAUGGGCAAAGUUCAAGAAUGAUAAAGAGCUUAAGAAAACCGAUGGAACAAAGAGAGGGAGGGUUAAUAUCCCAAAGCUUGAGGAUGCUAAUGAGGCUGGAACGAAAAACUCUCAUAAAUGUACUUUGAUUUUGACAGAAGGAGAUUCAGCAAAGACUCUUGCAAUAUCUGGUCUGGGUGCACUGCCUCAAGAUGUUCGGGACCUUUAUGGAGUGUUCCCGCUGAGAGGUAAAUUACUUAAUGUACGGGAAGCUACUCCUAAACAACUGAAUGAGAAUAAGGAAAUUGAGAGUAUCAAGAAGAUCCUUGGCUUACAGCAAAAUAAGCAGUACGAUAGUGUCAAGCCCUUGAGAUAUGGUCAUCUUAUGAUAAUGACCGAUCAGGAUUAUGAUGGCUCCCACAUUAAGGGCUUGCUGAUCAAUUUUAUUUAUUAUUUCUGGCCAUCUUUGCUGAAAAUUCCAUCGUUCUUGGUUGAGUUUAUAACUCCUAUUGUGAAGGCAACUCAUCGCAGUGGAAAAAUCUUAUCCUUUUAUACUAUGCCUGAGUACUAUUCAUGGAAGGAAAGUUUGAUGGGGAAUGCCAAUGGUUGGACAAUCAAGUACUAUAAGGGAUUAGGAACAAAUGAUAAAAAGGAAGGCAUGCAGUACUUUAGAGAUAUUGACAAGCAUCAGAAAGAUUUUGUUUGGAUGAAUGAAGAAGAUGGGACUGCCAUAGAGCUCGCGUUCAGUAAGAAGAAGGUUGAUGAAAGGAAAAACUGGCUUCGGCAUUUUCAGCCUGGCACUCACCUCGAGCAGAAAAACAAGCUCAUAAAAUACAGUGAUUUCAUCAACAAGGAGCUUAUUUUGUUUUCUGUGGCGGAUCUUCAAAGAUCUAUUCCUUCCAUGGUUGAUGGCCUAAAGCCAGCUCAAAGGAAGAUACUUUUCAGUUGUUUCAAGAGGAACUUGGUCAAAGACCUUAAAGUUGUCCAAUUGCAAGGUUAUGUAUCCGAGCAGUCCGCUUACCACCAUGGUGAGCAGAGUCUUCAAUCUACAAUUGUUGGCAUGGCACAGAAUUUUGUUGGCAGCAAUAAUAUCAAUCUUCUGGCACCAAAAGGGCAAUUUGGCACCCGUUGCUCGGGAGGGAAAGAUCACGCAAGUCCAAGGUACAUUUAUACCUGUCUUUCUCCUAUUACAAGGUUCCUGUUCCCCAAGGAUGAUGACUGCCUUCUCGACUAUUUACAAGAAGAUGGCCUUUCAAUUGAACCCACUUGGUAUGCCCCAAUUAUUCCAUUGGUUCUUGUGAAUGGUUGUGAAGGAAUUGGCACUGGGUGGAGCACUUUUAUCCCCAAUUACAAUCCAAGAGAUAUUGUUGCAAACUUGAGACGCUUCUUGAAUGGUGAAAAAAUGGAACCUAUGCAUCCUUGGUACAAAGGUUUUAAAGGAACGAUUGAAAAAAGUGCAUCGAAGGAAGGUGGGGGUAGCUAUGCUGUCAAUGGAAUCAUUGAGGAAGUGAAUGAGACAACUGUUAGGAUCACAGAAUUGCCAAUUCGUAGGUGGACUGAUGAAUACAAGGACUUUUUGAAUUCUGUUAUAGAAAAUGUUAGAGAUGAGAAGGGAAACUUGCCCAAGGAUGCUUUUAUCAAGGACUUCAGGAAGUAUGGAGAUGAUGUAUCUGUAUGUUUUGAAGUCCUCUUGUCAGAGGAGAAAAUGAAGCAAGUUAAGGAUGAAGGUUUGCUGAAGAAAUUUAAACUGGCUACCACAAUUAGCACAAGUAACAUGCACCUCUUUGAUCCAAAAGGCGUGAUUAAGAAAUAUGACAGCCCUGAAGAAAUUCUUGAAGAAUUUGUUCACUUAAGGUUUGAAUUGUACGAGAAAAGAAAGAACUUUAAACUUGCGAGUCUUGAAAUGGAGGCACUGAUAUUGGAAAACAAGGUAAGGUUUAUCCUUGGGGUCGUUACGGGGGAGAUAAUAGUGAACAACAGGAAGAGAGCUGAGCUGCUCUUGGAGCUACGACAGAAAGGGUUCACUCCUUUCCCUAAGAAUAAACCUGUUGAAGCUGUGGUUGCUGGGGCAGCUGAUGAUACAGAAGAAUCAGAGAGCACAGAGGACGUGGAAGAGAACUCCAAGACUGGAGUACAGGCUACUGAUUAUGAGUAUUUACUGUCUAUGUCUAUUGGAACCUUGACCCUUGAGAAGGUUCAGAAGUUGUGUGCCGACAAGGACAAAAUCAGUGAGGAAGUUGAAAAUUUAAGGAGGACAGCUCCAAAGGAUUUAUGGUUGAAAGACCUUGAAGCUUUUGAGUCGCAACUUGAUAAAUUGGACGCUGAAGAUGCACUGGAGAGACAGAAGUCGGUAAAAGACACAAAUGGUCAAGGGGGUUUUAAGGUUUCUCGACAACCACCAAAAAAUCCUAGGAAGAACAAUAAGACGGUCAAAAAUACAGAAGCAGCUGCAGAAAUCAUGGGACAAACAUCCAAUUCUGCAAUGGAAACAGAAAGUGUGUCUGAGGAAGUGAAACCGAAGGGAAGGGCAGCUUCAAAGAAAGCUCCUGCUAAGAAGCAAGAAAAACCCACUCCCAUUUCGGACGAUGAAGAUGACGAAGUUGAAGCACUGAAAGAUAGGCUGAAAGCUUAUAGACUUGAUUCUUCGCCUGAACAGUCCACCACCAUGGAAACUGAUAUGCCCCAAGUACCUGCUAGGAAAGAAACUAGCAAAAGGGCUGCUGCCCAGAAGAAGCCUGUGGCAACUAUUUCAGAGUUAUCUGAGAGUGAGGAUGAAGUAGACCUUGACGAUGAGUCUGAUGUAGAAGUGGUACCUGUUCCAGAAGCAAAAAAGAAAGGAGGCAGAAAGCCAGCUGCGAAUUCCAGGGCAGCCAAACCUCCUGCGGGCACAAAGAAAAGAGGACCAACAAAGAAGGAGUCUCAAGGAUUAGGUCAGAAGCUUCUAACUGAAAUGCUGAAGCCGGCAGAAAAUCCAGGAAUAUCACCAGAGAAGAAAGUCAGGAAAAUGAGGGCGUCCCCAUUCAACAAGAAGAGUGGUUCUGUACUAGGCAGAGUUGCCAAGGGAAGUGAGGCCACUGGAAGUGAAGAGAUGUCUGGUUCUACUUCUACAUCCAGUAACAUGGAAGAAAUUACCGAGGUGCCAGCAAGAGCUAGACCGCAGAGGGCAAACCGCAAACAGACCAAGUAUGUGAUAAGUGACUCAGACAGUGAAGAAGCUGUUGAAAUUUCCGAUUCCGACUCUGAGAGCAAUCAGGACAAUGAUGAUGAUGACGACUUUGACGAAGAUGAAGACUAAGCGGACCGCAAGAGGCAUUGCGAACAUCCGAUUAGAAAAUGAGAAAAUGAUGAAUUGUAAUUCUCCCUUGAAUGCUAUGCUACUGUUCUUUAUCGGCUUGAUAAUCUCAAACAUGUAGCUAUAGUUGAGUUUGUUUUGUAAUCUGACAAAUUUCCUGUAAAUGGGUACUUGUAAAUUGUGUUGCUCAAAUACUAUAAUUGGUUUGCCAAAGUGACAUGCAGCUAAAUCAUAAAUGGCUUAGACAACCAAUGCCCUGACCAUACUGCUCUUACCAAUCUCUGUUGCAUUCAUUUCUGCUUCUUGAUUCUAACUGUCUAUAAUGUCAAAACCUGUUAUUCUUGGUUGUGAAGAA